GCGAGGCGGCGUGACCCCUCCCUGCCCGGAAGUGGCGGUGGCGGAGCGGCAGCAGAAGCAGCAGGAGGAGCAGGAGGGAGAGCGCCAGUGGGGCCGCACGGGAGCCGUGAGGGGACGGAGCGAGGGGCGCGGGCAGCGAUGCGGCUCCGCCACCGCCCGGCCUCGCCGCUUCCCCCUCCCGCCGGGCACCGCUGACCGCCCCGCCCCGGCGCUAUGAGAGCCGCCGCGCCGCCCGGCCAGCGCCGCGCUCCGGAGAAUUACUGAAGUUUGGAUUGCUAUCUUGAUACUCUAAACCUGCAAUAAGUGGCAAUGUCAAGGGUUCCCACCCCACCUCCUCCUGGGGAGAUGUCCAGUGGACCUGUGGCUGAAAGCUGGUGUUACACACAGGUUAAAGUAGUAAAAUUUUCCUACAUGUGGACCAUUAAUAACUUCAGUUUUUGCCGAGAAGAAAUGGGUGAAGUUUUAAAGAGUUCUACCUUUUCAUCAGGGCCAAAUGACAAAAUGAAGUGGUGCCUGAGAGUGAAUCCAAAGGGAUUAGAUGAUGAAAGCAAAGACUACCUGUCAUUAUAUUUGCUUUUAGUCAGUUGUCCAAAAAGCGAAGUCAGAGCAAAGUUCAAAUUUUCCCUGCUAAAUGCUAAAAGAGAAGAAACAAAAGCAAUGGAAAGCCAAAGAGCGUAUCGAUUUGUGCAAGGCAAGGACUGGGGUUUUAAGAAAUUUAUCCGAAGAGACUUUUUACUAGAUGAAGCUAAUGGUCUUCUACCCGAUGACAAGCUUACAUUAUUUUGUGAGGUAAGCGUGGUCCAAGACUCAGUAAAUAUAUCAGGACAGUCUAAUACAAACACUUUGAAGGUACCUGAAUGUCGACUAGCAGAAGAUUUAGGGAAUCUCUGGGAAACAACAAGAUUUACAGAUUGCAGUUUUUAUGUAGGAGGACACGAAUUCAAAGCUCAUAAAUCUGUCCUUGCAGCACGGUCUCCAGUUUUUAAUGCGAUGUUUGAACAUGAAAUGGAGGAAAGCAAAAAGAAUCGUGUAGAAAUAAAUGAUGUAGACCCUGAAGUUUUUAAAGAAAUGAUGAGAUUCAUUUACACAGGAAAAGCACCAAAUCUUGAAAAAAUGGCUGACAACUUGUUGGCAGCUGCAGACAAAUUUUUUUUCUUUUGCCAGUAUGCACUGGAACGGCUGAAGGUCAUGUGUGAGGAAGCACUCUGUAGUAACCUCUCGGUAGAAAAUGUUGCUGACAUUCUUAUCCUCGCAGAUUUGCACAGCGCUGAACAGUUAAAAGCACAAGCAAUAGACUUUAUUAACAGGUGCAGUGUUCUUAGACAACUUGGGUGUAAAGAUGGGAAAAACUGGAAUAGCAACCAAGCAACAGACAUAAUGGAAACAGCAGGCUGGAAGUCCAUGAUCCACUCCCACCCUCACUUAGUAGCAGAGGCCUUUCGUGCACUAGCAUCUGCACAGUGUCCACAGUUUGGCAUUCCGCGCAAACGGCUAAAACAGUCAUGAAAUCUUCCAUGAACUUUAGAGAAAUUGAAUUGACUCUACUCCUCCAUGUCCAGAGGUGUUUUCACAAACCAUAACAAGAGUUUUUGUUAUCCUUGUCCACAGAACAGAAGCUGAAAAAGCCUAUUGUUUGCUUUUCAGAUGGAUAAUUUAUGGUUUAAUCCUCAGCUUUAAAUUAGACUGAUUACUCUUAAUUCACUGAAAGGCCUUAAAUUAUCUUCAAUGACUCUCUAGUCCAUAUAGUCUAAUGUAUCUUGAUUUUUUUAUUAUUUUUUAAUGUGCCUUGUCUUUUUGACUAGGCUCUGCAGGAUUGCACUAGCUCCAUAAUGCAGUAAAGUUGAUAACUGAAGAUUAAUUUUUGAAAGGGAUCUUCCAUUAUUUUCAGAAGAAAAAAAAAUAAUAUUAUAGUUUUGUCCUGUGCGAACUGGAAGGUUUUAACUUGCCUCCCAUUAAAAGUGCUUGAAACUGAGGCACAUGAUGUACCCUAGACAAGUGCUAAAUAUAGGGAGAGCCCGUUUUACCUUCAGCAAAUGCCUACAGGCUAUUUAUGGCAAUAUACUGCUUUGAACGUAAUUUAUUUUUCAUUGUGGGGGCAAAUAUGCAAUGGUUUGGCCCAAAAAUGUAUUUUCAUUACAGUUUGUAAUGCUUAUUGUGUGUGUGUCAAAGCUGUCCAAGCGGUAAAAAGAAACACAUAAUAAACCUCUUGCUUGUGUUUCUUUAUGGUCCAUCACUUGUUUACGUUUAAUGCAGAACUGAACGAGAAGUAAAAUGUUCAAUGUGAAAACAAUAGUAUUGUAUAUGGAAAAAAUAUAUCCCACGUGUAUGGUUACAUAGAAAAGUAAAGGAUGCAUAGAAUGACCAAAUGUAAAUUGAAGAAAUGGGCCAAAUGGGUUCUGAAUAUGCACUUUUAAUGUGUAACUUUUGUAUGUUGUGUGGUACAUAUAUAUUUUGCUUUUGAUGAUUAAUGAGGUACAGGUAAUUGUGGCUUAACUUUUUAGAUACAUUUUAAGAUACCCACAGCCACAUGGGAUUUAGUUUUGCUAGAAAAGAAAGGCAUGUCUUUUUAAGACUCAAUUGAAGGUGGCUAUUGCAAGCUUUCAUAUUUAAGUAACAGAAUAUUUUCGCUUAUUUGAAAAAAGGCAUGUGAAUGGUAAAACUUUUGAAGGGACUUUUCCCAUCUUGAUGUGUGUGCACAGCUUCCAUUGCCACCUAAGGAGGUUCUGUACACAUCAAGAGGAUUAUUUCCCUGAAAUGUCAGAUGGUAUUUGCAAGCAGAGACUUGCCCAGUCUUGCAUUUCAGUUAUUCUGCUAGCAUUGUGGAUGGUAUUGAAAUUCUGCAUAAUGUGAAAAGGAUGAAACAUCUGUAAACUGCUUGUCACGGGCCAGUUCUUUAUCAUAUGAACCUUAGCUUUAAUACCAACAUCCUCAGUGUUUGAUAGCUUUGUUUACAAUUGGGAGGAAAAGUGCAGUAGUGCACACUCUACAUGUUUCCCAAGUUCUUGCAUCGAGUUUACUGUAAUGGUGAUAAUAUGCUAUGUUUCCUUUUUCAGAAGACUUGGGUUUUAGCAGUGGGGAAUGGGAGGAGAUCUCACCUAAUUUAUAAACAUAUUUGCAUAAGGGGUUUAGUUUGCCUAUUAAAAAAAGUUGCGUAGGGAGGAGAGCAGAAAAAAUUCAGAUGGUUUACUAUCUUAAAAUGUGUCUCCAUCCUCAUUUCAUGAAGAUUCACCUGAAUUGCUCUGAAUGGAAGUUUUAGAGGGAAGAGAGUAUAUAGUUUUAUACUUUGGCAUCUAGUAAACCGCUAGCAAAAGUAAAUUGGAAAAAUGCCUAGUCCAAUUUUGAAGAAUAAAAUAACCUCUAAAAAGGCAUUUUCUUCUUACCUUCUAACUAAAUCUUUAUGAUGGAUAAAGUGUAAAAUCAGGAAAUUUAAUAGUACAUAAGACAUCAAAUUAUAUACUUUAAAGAUUUAUCCUUGUAUCAAUUUUUAUUUAUCUAAAAUAAGGUCUGAUAAACAUUCUUCACAAUAAGCCAUAAAGGUAAUUGUUCCCUCCAAAAUAGUGAUGUUUUUGCUGCACUGUGUAAUGCGUUAGGACGAGAUAUCCUCAUACUCAUCACUGGUGAAACUUGCAGCUCUAACAUACAAAGUGACUUAAAUAUUUAAUGUUGUAAUGAUUGUCCAGUUCAGCUUGUUCUGAAGUCACAACAUACAGUAAUGUAAUGGAAAGCUUAAGGACUUUACGAAGACUUUUUUUUUUAAGAGCAUAAUACACUCUGUACCAAAAAAAUGUCAGACACUGUGCUACAAAGUUACCCACAUCCUAGAGCGUCCACUUCUCAAGUCAGGCAGUAUAUACCAUGUUUUACACUAACAGAAGAAAAAACUAUGAUAAUUGAUCUGUUUAGAUUUGAU